CUUCUCCCAAAUCCAGCGAUGAUGUCCGGGCGCGGCAAGGGCGGCAAGGGGCUGGGCAAGGACGGCGCCAAGUGCCACCGGAAGGUCCUCCGCGACAACAUCCAGGGCAUCACCAAGCCGGCCAUCCGGAGGCUGGCGAGGAGGGGCGGCGUGAAGCGCAUCUCCGGCCUCAUCUACGAGGAGACCCGCGGCGUCCUCAAGAUCUUCCUCGAGAACGUCAUCCGCGACGCCGUUACCUACACCGAGCACGCCCGCCGCAAGACCGUCACUGCCAUGGACGUCGUCUACGCGCUCAAGCGACAGGGCCGCACCCUCUACGGUUUCGGAGGCUAGAUUCAUGUAGUCCGCCAGCAGUGGGGCAACUUCCUCGUUUGCUCUCUGUGAUGUGUGCUGUGGUAGAUGAGAUUUACUGGUUUGCGUGUGUUGUUGUGUUC